AACCAUUUAAACGAUUAGACACCAUGGUCCGAGUGCUCUAACCUACUUAAACCAUGACCAUCAUUUGGAGAACCUAAACAUCUAAAAUGUUUAAACAACAAUGAUUUGAUAACCGUUUUUACUGUUUAACCCUGAGAACACUGUGUGAGCCGACCCUGCGUGAUGCACGUGAAAUAUGUUCCCCGUGCUUGUGGCACGUGCAUCUCGCUCAUGGCAACUCGGAUUACGAAAUGCACGUUCUCGAGCAGGAGCAGAAGUUGGAUGUUUUUUCUUCUAAUUGGAACCUUUCUAGCCGUUGUUGUCUGGAAAAAGUCUGUAUCCUCCCAUCAGUCAACUCAAACAUGGGACGAAAAAGUUGGAAAGAUUGUUCAAGGCCUGCCCCCUGCUGGAAAUACCCUCACCUAUCAGCGAGAACAAAACAAGGUGUUUCUUGCACAAGACUGCUUGAAUGGGUUUACAAACAACGAUGGAUUUAUCGAAAUACCGCCGGAUACCAUCCUUCAGAAUUUAACACACAAACAAAUAACGUGUCUUUAUCACAGGUUUGUGGAUAAUGUUGGUGUGUUGUGUAAAGACAUCAUCCGCCUGGGUAAACUGAGUGACGGAGGAUGGGAAGUGUGCAACGAUCGGGAAUACAGUCCCUCCAGCAAGUGUCUUGUCUACUCUGUCGGGAUAAAUAAUGACUUUAGUUUUGACGACGAGAUUGCGAAGCAGUUCGGAUGCGAAGUUCAUUCAUUUGAUCCGAGCAUGAAUCAAAAGAGCUACAAGCGGAAUGAGCAAGUAUAUUUCCAUAACAUAGGAUUGUCGGAUGUUAAUGUUCAUAUCCCACCCAACAAGACUGGAUGGGAGAUGCGUACAUUGGGAGCAAUCAAACAGGAGCUUGGUCAUGCGAAGCGACGUGUUGAUGUCUUAAAGAUGGACAUCGAACACUGGGAAUGGAAAGUUCUCCCACAAGCCAUUGCAAGCGGCUUCCUGGGUGACGUCACCACCCUUGAUCUGGAGCUCCACAGCUGGAUCAUUAAAAACGGAUACAAUUUGGAGCCUCCGGCUGAAGUGUAUGUGGGAUAUUUGAGAACACUGAGACAAUUACAUCAACUUGGUUUCCGUAUUUUCUUAACACACAAAAAUCUAGGAUCCUGUCAAUAUAAAUCUAAAUAUGGCAUGAUGAGGACCAGUUGUCAGGAGAUCGCCAUGGUGCAGACGAAGAUGAAGAUGGGUUAAUAAUGAAGUGGAAUUUUGGGUGUGGUAUCAUUAGAUAAUAUCUACGUGAGGUGCCAUCAUAAACACAUUUGUUCUGUUGGGUGGCACUUUUGUUAAGCGAAUAAAAUAGAUAGUUUUCUGUUA